AAGCUCCGCCUGCCGCCGGUUUGCGAACUGGAUAAAGCUGAGGCCGCUCUUUCAGUAGCCCCAGGAUACAAAAAAAAGAAACUUUUUCUGAAGUCUCCAAAUCCAAAUCCAAGUGGUCGGACUUAUUUCGAUAGGAGCGUAGACAUGAGCGCUGUGAGCCUGAAGAGCCCGCCCUCGGUCAAGAAAUAUUCUUUUUUUCGGUACCAUUGCUGGCAUCAUCAAUCGGUCACGACGGAAGACGAUUACCCACAUCCCUGAAGCUGUCUUGUUACAAUGUCGUUCCGUGAAAUGCGAUCGCUUUUUUCGGAGUGAAUAUCCAGUAUAAUCCUUGUUGCUAAUUAUGCGUGUGUUUUUCUCUCGUGGUUCUCCCUUCAUGAUUCUGUAUGAGAAUUGAUAUGUUGUUCAGGAUUUUGGCGUGGUGCCACCCUUUGCCCAAGCACGACUGAUUGAGUGACUGAUAGUCUUUCUUUCUAUGUCUAUGCAUCAUUACGCAUAGUUGUCUAUUAUAAAUAUCAUUGACCAAGAACUACUUCCACUAUACCGUUGCUGCUCUGCUUCAACAAGCCACAUUAGACAAAGUUCAUAGACCAGGAGGCUUCGGGGUUUUGUGACGGUCCUCGCUGAACAAGUAGUCGACAAGAUGCAUAGGGCGUUACCAAACGCAGACAAGCCGAUGGCAUCACAGCCACGAAGUGAGCUCUUGCUUCGUCCGCAGCAGGUAGGAGCGGGUCCAAGCCGUAGUAUUCGGGCGACUACAAGAACGGGAGCAGCGGAAACACAACCGCGAAGUCCGUCCUUGCUUCGUUCGCAGCGAGGUCCAGCAAGUAGUAGCAUUGGCAUUGGGGCGAGUGCAGCGGCUUCGUCGCUCUCUCAUGAUGCGGAGCGAGAGGCAACGGGGCCAAGAAGUAGUAGUAGCAUUGGGGCGAGUGGUGCAGCUGGUGCAAACGAGUCGCCGCUCUCUCAUGAUGUCGGUGUCCCCGCUUCUAGCUCAACAUCCACGGCACCGCAUUGGCCUCUUUCUACGGACCCGAUCGCUCUGUUCUACGGGGUUUCUCUCACUCUUUGCGUCUUCUUUCUGUCAAAAUUCCUGCGGAAGACCUGCGGCAGCGGCAGCAUUGGAGGAAAUAUGACCAUCAGAGAUGAAACAGACUCCAUCUUCAUCAAUACACAACAGGAGUACAACGACGGAGGCGCGACUUCAACAUUCCCCAAGGAAGAGGUCUGAUAAAAGAAGAACUGAGGAGAUGAUAAGAAUACGUAGGUUUAGAAAAACAUCUUCAAAUACUAAAAGGUAGUACUAGGACAAGAGGAGUUUGGAAAGAGUAUUCUUGUUGCAAAAAGUAGGACAAGCAAGAGUACUUCUAGCAGUGUUGGCGUCCAAGCUGUCAAAAUGAAUGAAAAUCACGGAAAGUCCGUACUACAAGAGCCGGCCAUCGCAGCAUACAGGUUCUACAGUAGUACCAGUGCACAGUCAUCGUCACCAGCAAGGUUGGAAGCAGAUUCGCGAGUGGGUACUUUGGAGAUCGACAUUGAUUAGGUUAGCUUGUACUCUACGUAUUAUGUAUAAAUAUAUUGGUAAUUUUGUAGUCUGUCAUAGUCUACGAGGAAGAAUCACAACCACAUUUAUAGUAGUGCGACAAAAUCACUUGUCUGUUGAAAGAGGCACAAACGAACUCCUCUCUUUCUCUCUCUCUCUCUCUCCCUUUCUCUUCAUUUUGUGCUCCUCCUCCAGGUUGCCGCAUCCCUUUGCGAUUGGGAUGGCAGAGCCUUCGAACUCGAUCUUAAAGAGCCCUCUCUAGUGUGAUCGAUGAAGGAAGCUUCGUGCAUUGGUAUAUAUUACUUUUACAAAAUGGUCGCAGCUAGAGCUAACGUAAAUUUUCGAUUAGGAAUAGCCACAUGUACAGUGCUGAAAUGUUAUUCUUGUUAUCUAAAAAUACUACAUUUCAAUGACAUCUUCAAUGAAAAACCCUCAAUUUCUCGAGGUUCCUUUCGGCAGAACAGAGCAUGGUUUGCGGUGGGUUCGUGAAGUCGCCUUUUGAUCUUCAUAGCCGGGGGAUCGGUGGUUGGGCACGGAAUGGAGUCCGAAUGUUAUAGAUCGUUAAAACUACUACCGUUGCAAGCGAGAUAAGAACGAUGCAUGAAUAUAGAAGCUCGUAGAAAGCUCGAAGAGAAGUGACGGGAAACAUUCUAUAACAAAAUUUCAACAUACUGACAGAUGAUAUUCUGUUAGAUUCAUAUUCAUAAUUUAUUGUACCAAUGUCUUGUUUGUUAUCAAUUUCGUCCUCCUCAACAACAACACUGUCGGAGAGUCGCAACUAUUGCGUGAUAUUCUUGGGAUUUGCAGAAGCGUACUUGUACACACGAAUCAGAGAGCUGUGGCGUCGGUGCGCACCGUCGAAGAGUAGAAGACAUAUAGUAGAAGCGAAAGGUAGCGCACGACUCACUUCUCGAUGAUGUUGGGUUUGCUUUCUCCGACGUGAUAUUGUUGUUGUUGCAAAUUAGUUAAUCCGUGAGUCGACUGAAAAGUAAGAAUCGUAAAUAGUGUGCGUAUAACUUGUUUGAAGGAGAAAGCAUUUGCCUAUCGGUCCCCCGCCGUUCGCCUUUCAUGCAGUGUAAUAUUUAUUUUUUGGAUACAUGUUUGGUUAUUUGGAUUAUCAAUUAUACUCACAUUGUAAUUUUUCGAUUAUUGUUUAGAUUGGUAAUGUUUCCUGUUGCAUAACAAUGUAGUGGAAGAAGCAGUCGCUACUGCUGUCACAAGUGGUGGUCGAUACUCAUCUACUAAUAUUUGGCAUACUUCAUUUACGAUGAACAGACUAACGUUUGCGUGGAUAGCACGCGCAACGGUGUAAAGCUCGAAGGAGCGCGAAGGGCGCGAGAGUAACAUCUCGUUCAGAUGAUCAGUGCAGUUAGCAUUUCUUUGCUUUUACAUCAACGUGCUGAUGUCAACAACAAGUUAUUGAUAGAGCUUGGCAACAUUCGGAUGUUUUGCGUCGAGCUCUGCUUGUGCACGCCAUCCAGAUCCUCUCAU